GCAAGCUUCGAUCCUCCCAUAACAGAGAAGUACUGCGUAGCACCGGAGCCCCAACCGAUACGUCAACGAGGAAUUGUGGCAGAGCCGGGUCAUACUAUCGACGGUCGAUGCUAAUGCUCUAGAAACUUUGCCCCUAGCCCUUUUCAGCAUCUGCGAUGACCCAAAGAGAUUUGGACGUGCUUUGCGGAGCACUCAUCCGACUGUCCAUGGAAGAAUUGCAGUCCCUGGAAGAAACCGCUAUCUGGUGGCUACCAGACUUGAAGGGUCUUACGCAGCCGCAGGCAAUCCGCUCGAUCCGACAUGCCCUGGAAGCUUUCGACGCGUACGAGACCCGUAUCUUCCUCGUUGCCUGGCUAUAUUGCGUCCUCGCGAAACAGCAAGUGCUACAAUCAUGGUUUUCGUAUCGUCUCGCCACUGCCGCCACUCCAGCUGCGCCCCUGACCAGCCGCUUCAUUUUGCACGAGCGAUUAGAAACCACCUUGCAGUAUCCGGGCGGCCAUACCAAAAGCGCUGCGACUGAGAGUGGAGGUGUCAUCUACGCCUGUGUCAUGGCCACGCGUCCAGCUGAAACGCAAGUGGAGCACGACGUCAUCUGUAUGUGCGUUCAGCGCUCCUUGCCGUACCUGUUCGUUCACGCGGUGACGCGCUGCGAGUUGCGUGUCACUGCCGCUCUCUACUGCGUGCUGCGAAAAAACCCCGGAGAAAUACUGGAAGGUCAUUUCGACAAGCUCGGAUUCGCAUUUGCCAGUGCCCGAGAACAUACGGCUAAGGUUCGUGCACUGCUUAUGGGCAACGCGCCGGACGACAACGCAGGACCCGUCUUGGAGAUCUCCGACGAAUCUGACCAGUCUUCCCCCGAAGAAUCUGUCGGGGAUGAUAAUUCCACCGUAUAUGUCCUGACGCCGCCCGAAUCUGAUUCCUCCGCCGCAGGCCCAGACAGUCCCGAUUUUCUCAAUUGAAACGAUGUUGGGGUGCGCCCGACAUCAGCUAGGAAGGCUGGAGUAGGAGUUGAAGUGAGCGGCGAACUUAGGGGCAUUUUCAUUUGCCAAAACUGCCACAACAUCUUCGACGAGGACUGCAUUCAAAUGAAGAGUACCUCCUUCGUUUGUCCAAGCUGUGGAGCUUGUCUAGCGCAUUCUUGAAAAGUACCCGAACAGGGAUGAGGGGACACAGUGUUGUGAAGUGAAAUUAACGCUGCAAAGUUUUGACGAAGCAUACGUGAAAUCCGCGGACGCAGCCUCAUUACAACCAAAAGCCCUUCAAUUCUUGCCUAGGUGCCCAUUGAUGAAAUGGGUGCCCAUGACGUGGCCGCAAGAACACGCGGAUAAAACGUUACUUCUCUUGGAACAGCAGCAUGACACGCGCUGUGACUAUUGACGACCAGAGAUGUGUUCACUGAUUUUACAACCGGAAAUUCUCUACCCCCUCUUUUUUUUUCAACAGCAGUCUUCGUGACUGAUCAGAGUACAUCAAUGACUGCCAUGUUUAAAAAGUGAGACCACGUGAAGCUGUAACCAUGAGCCGUUGCAUAUUAAACCGCUCAUUGCUCACUGCAACAAUGAAGUUUAUAGUUUGCGAAAACUUAAUGUAAUGUUUGUAACUGUUUGUAAUGUUUGUAACCUUGUAAUGUAACUUAAUGUAAUGUCGUGCUGGUACGCUUUCUGCACAGCGUUUUCAUGAUGCUUCUGACGUGUUUCUUGUGAAAUAAAUUGUGAUUUUAUGUAUAUAUUGUUGUAUAUUUUUCAUAACUUUGAAUUUAUCUCUGU